AUGGCUGCCAUACGACGGUCUUUUAUUUUGUCCAAGUCUUAUCUUUCAAGUGCAAUAACUGGUCGACUGAAUGGUCAUAUCUAUUUUUCAUCAAAUUCAAAUUUUUUUACGGCUUUAAGUUUUCGUUCAAGAAGUUUCACUUCAUUGUUCAAAUUGGAUGCCAAAUUAAAGCUGUUGAAUUUAUCAAGUGCAAGCAACUCACCAAAUACAUAUUCAAUUCUUAGAUCAAACUACGUACAAAAAGCAAAGAGGUACUGUACAAACCAAGGUUUUUACGAAGGCCUCAAAGAAAAAGUUCAGCAUAUUUUGUCAAAGUCUCCUGGUGGAACACAGGAAAAGCUGGAUCAACAACUAAAUUUACUUAAGCUCUUGAAUGAUAACUAUCUUGGCAAUAUGUCAAUGCCAGAAUUUACAGAAGCAGCUCAAAAAGUGCAUGCAGAUGUAAUUUAUGAACUGGCUUUAGUGGUUUACACCUUAAGAGAAAAAGUUGGUGAAAAGUCUGAUGAUUUUUGGGCUCCUUUAUUCCGACUGUCUUCACUCAAGGGCAACCAAGAUGCAAAGUACACUUAUGCACAAAUGCUUCGAUCUGGCACUGGUAUUGAUCCAGAUCCAUCAGAAGCAAUUAGACUAUUUCAAGAACUUGCAGAUCAUAAUCAUGCUUAUGCUCAAUUUGCUUUGGCUGGAAUGUAUUUUCAUGGCAUUGGUUUGGAGCAGGAUUAUCACAUUGCAUUUGAUCUCUAUGAGCGAAGUUCAAAAAAUGGUGCUGACUUGGCUUUCAAUAUGCUUGGUAAUAUGUAUUUGAAUGGUUAUGCUGUUGAAAAGAACUACAAACUUGCGAUACAAUAUUUUCUAACGGGAGCUCAAAAAGGUGAACCCAAUGCAGAGCUAUCGCUUGCUCAUUGCUACUCACAUGGGAAAGGAGUGAGUGAGGAUUUGAGUAAGGCAUUCGAAUAUCACAUCAGUGCUGCAGAGAAAGGUCACCCAAUAGCCUUAUACAACGUGGGCACGCAAUAUUUUGCUGGUAAAGGUGUUGAGAUGAACAUGGUUAAGGCUGCAGAGUAUUUUGAAAAAUCUGCCAGUUUUGGAUUCGAUCUUGCUCAGAUCAAUUUGGGUAACAUGUAUUACAAUGGCAUCGGCGUUCAGAAAGAUUGGAACAAAGCGAAAGAAUGGUACCGACAGGCUGCGCCAACAAACAAAAAUGCAGCGGCUUUACUCAAAGAAGUCGAAGAAGACGAGCGCAGGUUGAAAGACGACAAAUCCAACGACUAAGGAAGGUAACAAGUCCUUGGAAAAGAGUUUGCAUGGUAAGGUUGACCAGGAUGAGGAUGGUUUUGUCCCUGUGAAACAGAAAAAAUGACAUAUUGCAGUCACCACUGGACUAAAAUUCAUAUAGCAGGCGGGAAGCAUAAAAGCUUUGCCAUUUUAUGUUGAAAUGAAAUCGUGAAAGUCUACCUGUGUACCGGAAGUAAAAUUAUACACGAUUACAAUAGAGCCACAGUUGGGAUAACCCGGAAUAGCCUUGUUAUUGACAGUGACAUUCAUAGUUCCUCCUGCAGGUUGAUUUCCUUUCAUUACACCAUAUAUGGUGUUGCAUGUCGGACAACGUAGACAGCCAUGCUUUAUAAAAAGUAAAAUAUGAUAAAUUACUAACGUAAAAUACAACAUGAAGUCCUCCAAUAGAAUGCAUUCUUUAAUAUGUCGUAUAACGUUGUUGUGCUCUACUUCUUAAUAAAUUCUUAAUUCACCUGUGCUA